GUAUCGUAAUAUGUACAUAGGUUAGUUUAUUGAUAAUGAAUUUGAGAAGUUUUCUACGUAUACCUACGAGUAUGUUAUAUUGCGCUAAAAGUUAUAAGCUGAAAUAUGCACAUAAUUUCAGUUUGUUUCAAUAAAAGCUGGAAAAUUCACCAUGAAAAUAGUAUUAAUAUAUUUUUUAACAAUUGUUUUACAAAUACCAUUCACAACAGCUGGCAGAAAUGCAAAACUUAAACAGAGAUUCACUUAUCAAACGUCGAAGCGUACCGGUAAUACAAAACCUAAAUAUCCCAAAACAUUUACACCCACUGAAAUACCAUCAGAAUUGGGUCGAAAAAUGUUGAAGCACAAAUUAUAUCCCAGGCUACUUCAUAUUUUACCUCAAAAACGAUGUGAUGUUUUAUACCACCAUGGUGCAAAAGCAGAUGCUGGAAAUGUUUUGAAUUUUAAUGACAUCAAGGAGGCACCUAAUGUAACAUGGGAGGCCGAUCCUGAACAAUCGUACACCUUAAUUUUUCGAGAUGCUGAUGAUGACCAAGAAAAAAGUGCCUCGCAAGGCUGGUUAAUUAUAAAUAUCCCAGGAAAUGAUGUCGCCAGUGGUUCAGUUGUACACGAUUAUAAGUUACCAGCACUCCCUAAAUCAGGACCCCAUCACUUUGUAUUUCUAGUAUAUCGGCAGUUCUUUCAAAAAUUACUGUUGGUUAACGUUGUUGACUUCAUAAAGCUCAAUUCGAAAUUUGAUGUGAAUUCGUUCAUUUCGACUUUCAAACUUCUCGAACCAGGGUUUGGAAACUUCUUUGUGGUGAAUUAUGAAUCAUCGAAGAAAAAGUUGAAAUACACGACACGUAAUUGGACUCUCGAGUAUUUUGAAGGAACUGACCCACUUCCAUUUGCUGACUCGGCAUUAAAAGCCAGAGCCGGAGAUGGACUUAUUUACUAACAUGCUGAGAAAAGUACUAAUCCACUACCUAUUAUAUCAAAACCAGUAGUGUCCAUCACUGUGUGAAAAAGAAGACAAACGCAUAUUCCCAGAAGUGAUUGAAUAAAGGAUGUUGAAAAGUAUAAAUACCAAUAUACCUAUGUUUAACUUUCAAACUUUAGUGCAUUACAAAAAAAUAAAUGAAUAAAUUUUUUUUUAAUCUUA